AGUAACCAAACAAGUGAUAUAGUGUUAGUGAAUUAUAUCACUCUUUUAUUUAAAGCGCUUUUUGCUUAAACGCGCUUUUCUUAUCCUUGCAAAAAAAACUAUAAAUAACCUUCCUUUCAUGCAUUCUAUAAGUUGUGAAAUAUAUUCAAUUGUUAUUCCAAUGGCGAAGAGUAGUAGGUCUUUUAAUAUAGUUUUCUUUGUUUUGUUGAGUAUAGGAAUAUGCUCAGCUGCAAGAACCCUAAUUGGUCUUGAUGUUGGUGUUGGGGCAAAGGUUGGUGUCUAUGCCGGUGGCGGUGGAGGAGGUUCUGGUGGAGGUGGAGGUGGAGCUGUAGCUGGUGAACAUGGUGGUUAUGCUGGUGGAAGUGGUAGCGGUGAAGGUGGUGGAAGCGGAUAUGGUGCUGGAGGGGCACCAGGAGGUGGUUAUGCAAGUGGAGGUGGUGGAGGUAGCGGUGGCGGUAGCGGUGGAGCUGCUGCUGGUGGAGAACAUGGUGCAGGUGAAGGAGGUGGAAGUGGUGGUGGAUACGGUGCUGGUGGGGCGCCAAGUGGUGGAUAUGGUGGUGGAGGUGGUCAUGGUGGGGGUGGUGGAGGUGGUUCAGCAUCGGGAGGAGCAUCAGGUGGUGGAUAUGGAGGUGGUGAAGGUGCCGGUGGUGGUGCAGGCGGAGCACAUGGAGGUGCAGGAGGAUAUGGCGGUGGUGGUGGCAGUGGAGGUGGAGCCGGUGGUGGUGGAGCAACUGCUGGUGGAGCACAUGGUUCAGGUGAAGGAGGUGGAAGCGGUGGUGGAUACGGUGCUGGUGGAGCACAAAGCGGUGGAGGUGGCCACGGAGGUGGCGGUGGAGGUGGUUCAGCAUCAUCAGGAGGAGCUGGUGGAGCAUCAGGAGGUGGAUACGGAGGUGGUGAAGGUGCUGGUGGUGGUGCAGGAGGAUCUCAUGGAUCAGGAGGAUAUGGUGGCGGUGGUGGUGGUGGAUCCGGUGGUGGAGGAGCGUAUGCGGGCAGUGAAGGUGGUGGACAUGCAAGUGGAUAUGGGCAUGGUGGUGGUUCCGGAGGCGGUUAUGGGGGAGGUGGAUCUGGAGGAUAUGGAGGUGGUGGGGGUGGAGGUUCUGGAGGUGGUGGUGGUGGUUAUGAAGGUGUAGUUAAUCAUGGUGGAUAUGGUGGUGGUGGUGGCGAAGGUGGUGGUAGUGGUGGAGGUAGUGGUGGUUAUGCACCUGGAGGAGGAUAUGGAGGAGGUGGUGGUGGUGGACAUGGUGGAGGAGCGGGUUACGGUGGUGGUGGUGAUCAUGAUAUAGGAUAUGGAGGUGGAGGAGGAACAGGAAGUGGUGGUGGAUAUGGUGGAGGUGCAGAACAUGGAGGUGGAUAUGGUGGUGGUGGUGGAGGAGGAACAGGAAGUGGCGGUGGAUAUGGUGGAGGGGUAGAACAUGGAGGUGCAUAUGGUGGUGGNGGAGGAGGAGGAACAGGAAGUGGUGGUGGAUAUGGUGGAGGUGUAGAACAUGGAGGUGCAUAUGGUGGUGGAGGAGGAGGUGGUAGUGGUAGUGGUGGUGGAUAUGGUGGAGGUGCAUAUGGUGGUGGAGGUGGAGGUGGAAGUGGUAGUGGUGGUGGAUAUGGUGCAGGAGGGGUUCCAGGAGGUGGUUAUGGAGGUGGAGAAGGGGGAGGAAGUGGUGGUGGUUAUGGAGGAGCAGGGGGUUUACCUGGUAGUGGAUAUGGAGGGGGAGGUGGUCAUGGAGGAGGUAGUGGAGGAGGCUAUGGUUCAGGAGAAGCUGGUGGUGGUGGAUACGGAGGCGGUGGAGGUGCAGGUGGUGGCGCAGGAGGAGCUUAUGGAGGUGGACAUGCUGGUGGUGGCGGUGGAGGUGGUGGAAGUGGUGGAGGAGGUGGCCACGGUGGCUACAUUCCUUGAACUUUCAUAACUUUGUACUAUAAAAGAAAAUAACAACAAAUGCUCCUCCAGUUGAAGUAUGGACUUAAUGCAUGCAUGCAUGCAAUCCCAUUAGUACUGUACUACACUACUAAUGAAGUAGAGUUAAUUACUAUAUAUAUGUACUUCUGUUGUUAUCCUUAAUGUAACUUCAUAUGUAUUGAUAUUAAAAGUAUAUAAGAAUCAAUUGAAAUUUUCAUCAUCGAAA